UCGAGGACAUUUCGUAGCAUCCGUAGCAAUCCGUUCUUUUCGACGUAGCUGGAGUUUUCUGUUGUCCGUUUGACACGAAAAUAACUCAAAAAUGGGUCGUAUGCACGCUCCUGGAAAAGGCAUUGCCCAAUCGGCUUUGCCUUAUAGACGUAGCGUUCCUACAUGGCUAAAAGUAACCCCUGAAGAGGUGAAAGAUCAUAUUUACAAAUUGGGCAAGAAAGGUUUAACUCCAUCACAGAUCGGUGUAAUUCUAAGAGAUUCCUAUGGAGUAGCACAAGUAAGGUUUGUCAGUGGCAACAAAAUCUUACGUAUUAUGAAAGCAAUGGGUUUGGCACCUGAUCUACCCGAAGAUUUGUACUACCUUAUCAAGAAGGCAGUAGCUAUCCGCAAACAUUUAGAACGUAACAGGAAAGACAAGGACUCUAAAUUCCGUUUGAUUUUGGUAGAGUCUCGUAUUCACCGUCUAGCCAGGUACUACAAAACUAAGAGCGUACUUGCACCUAACUGGAAAUACGAGUCUAGCACAGCCUCUGCUCUGGUUGCUUAAGUUAGAUUGUAUUUUGUUUAUAAAUUCAAUAAAAAUGUUUAAAAGGUC